CACUCUACAAGUCAUCUACUAACCCAUCCACCACCGUCUGUUCUGCGUACUGUCCAAAUUAUAUGAGUAAUAUCGAGAACCUCAAGUCCUUUGAUCCCUUUGCCGACACCGGCGAUGAUGAAACUGAAUUAACCAACUACAUUCACAUCCGUAUCCAACAGAGAAAUGGUAGAAAGACCUUAACCACAGUCCAGGGUCUUCCAGCGGAAUACGACUCCAAGAAGAUCCUCAAGGUCAUCAAGAAGGAGUUUGCGUGUAACGGAAACAUCGUCAAGGACGACGAGCUCGGAGAGGUCAUCCAGUUGCAGGGUGACCAGCGUUUGAAGAUCAUGGAGUUCAUGGUCCAGACCCUCGGCUUGAAGAAGAAGAACAUCAAGAUCCACGGUUUCUGAUGGUCUUUUUCUCCGCCAAGGCCCCGGGCCGGUUAUAUACUUCUACGUAUGCGAUGGUGUGUUUCGGCACACCGCUUUUAUAAAGUAUUAUUCCCUUUACCCUACUCAUAUCCUCGA